AAUAACAACAACAAUAAAACCAGUGGCAAUAACAAUAACAACUCGCCGCCGCCGCCGCCGCCGCCGCCUCCUUCCUCGUCUAAAAACAAGUCCCCAAACUCUCCAUCACCACCACCGCCAAGUUCAUCAAAAGGGUCGCGGUCUUCAUCCUCGCAUUCUCCUCCAUCACUAAGUGAUGAUUCUUCGUCUCCACCACCGUCGACAUCUUCUAAUAAUAAUAAUGUUACUCUUAUAGUUGGACUUGUGGUUACCCUUGGGGUUUCAUUAUUGCUAUUGAUAGUCAUAGUGGUUGUUUGCUCUAAAAGGAGAAAAAACAAGCGUCGUCAUGACACCAUGCAAUAUUAUGGAGGUCCUUCAAGUAAUGGCCAACAAUAUAACGGCCAACAACAAUAUAGUAGCCAACAUGCACCUUGGCAUACAAGCCCUGGUCAACACCAAGACUCAAACAACUACGCUACAGGUCCAACGGGUAUGUCCUCGGCACAAUGGGGGGGUGGCGGCGGCCAAGCGAUGAUGCCGCCCCCGCCUAUGAUGAGCGCUGAUAUGAGUAGUGCAAACUACUCCUCAGGGCCAACAGGUCCUGCCUUACCACCACCUCACCCAUCAGUAGCCCUUGGGUUUAGUAAAAGCACCUUCACAUACGACGAGCUAGCAGCCGCAACAAAUGGCUUUUCGAAGGAACGAUUGUUGGGUCAAGGAGGGUUUGGUUAUGUCCACAAAGGGUUGCUACCUAAUGGCAAAGAGAUAGCAGUGAAGAGCCUUAAGUCGGGGAGCGGCCAAGGCGAAAGAGAGUUCCAAGCUGAAGUUGAGAUCAUUAGUAGGGUGCAUCAUCGACAUCUUGUAUCCCUUGUGGGUUAUUGUAUUGCAGGAGGUCAAAGGAUGCUUGUUUAUGAGUUUGUUCCUAACAAUACCCUUGAGUUUCAUCUUCAUGGUAAAGGUCGACCAGUCAUGGAUUUCAAUACGAGAAUGAAAAUUGCACUUGGAUCUGCUAAGGGCCUAGCUUACCUUCAUGAAGAUUGUCACCCACGAAUUAUACAUAGAGACAUUAAAACCGCAAACAUUUUGAUUGAUAAUUGCUUCGAGGCCAAGGUGGCUGAUUUUGGCUUAGCUAAGCUCUCAUCGGACACAUUCACUCAUGUGUCAACGCGUGUCAUGGGAACAUUUGGGUACUUGGCACCAGAAUAUGCAUCAAGUGGAAAAUUGACUGAGAAAUCUGAUGUUUUCUCAUUCGGUGUCAUGCUAUUGGAGCUAAUCACGGGUCGUCGCCCUAUCGAUCCUUCAUCUGAAGAAGAGGAUAGCUUAGUAGAUUGGACUAGACCACUUAUUGCACGAGCAAUGGAUGAAGGAAAUUUCAGUGGACUCGUCGAUCCACGUUUAGAGGGUGAAUUUGAUUCCGAAGAGAUGAUGCGUUUGAUCGCAUGUGCAGGUGCAUCCAUAAGACAUUCUGGUAAAAGGAGGCCAAAAAUGAGCCAGAUUGUAAGAGCAUUAGAAGGUGAUGUAUCAUUGGAUGACUUGAACGAAGGAGCAAAGGUUAGAAAUGGUAGCACAUUAGUUGGCUCCAGCGGCGGUAGCUCAGACUAUGAUACCGUUUCAUACAACAACGACAUGAAGAAGUUUAGAAGGACAGCACUUAACAGUACAGAUUAUCCAAGUAGUGAGUAUGGAGCAACGAACGAGUAUGGGCAUACCUCCGGUUCUAGCGCCGAGAUGUCACCCUCAAUGCCCAAAAGGACUAGCCCUUCGCCGAACCACUUUGUCUAGAAGGGAGGAUACGUACUGUACAAUUUGAAUAACACUCCGACAAAGCGGCAAGACGUACUAUUCCGGCAAAGGAAUAAGGAUGGAUGAAUUGGGAACGACCAGAUUUUCCGUGAACUAUAUUUUUUCAUUGAUAACCCAUUAUUGUUGUUCAAGUGUAACCUAGCUUGAAACAAUUACGUGAUUUAGGUGUCUACUUAAGAUUUAUUUUAAUGUACAUUCUCAAUCACUUUUUUUUUUUUUUUUUUUUUUUGUUAUUGAUAGAGUAGAAAUUGUUAUAUACACUCGGGUGCGUGUACGGUGCAUCCAAGGGUAUUGUCUGCUCAUUUCAAUAAUGAUGCUCAUUUUAUUAUCAAAUGAGCAAACAAAUACCCUUGGGUGUAACAUGCACCAGGAUGUAUAUAACAAUCUCUCUUGAUAGAGAGAUUGUAGUUUUAUAUAUUGCGUUAUGGAAACAAGUUAAUGGUUAAAUGAAAUACAAAAUGUGGUUUAUUCA